AUGAACAGCUCCCUUUUCAACCAGACCUUCCUGACGCACGGCCUCUUUCUCAACCGGAGCGAAGACCUCGCGGGAACUCUGGUCGACUGCUGCAACGGGAGUGGCAUCGCCACCACUGACGGCGGAUCCCUGGUUCUGCCUCCGGACGAGCGGAAACUCUUUAUCAUGCGGGUUGUCCAAAUAGCCGUACUGUGCGUCCUGUCACUGACGGUAAUAUUUGGCAUCUUCUUUCUCGGCUGCAAUCUCAUGAUCAAAUCUGAAAGCAUGAUAAACUUUCUUGUGCGGGAGCGGAGACCGUCUAAGGAUGUGGAAGCGGUAAUCAUCGGACUUAACUGA